CGACCCGCCGUUCCGUUCCUUCCAGGCCAUCGGCAGGCGCGGCGACCUUCCUUGUCCUCUUCUCCUUCUGUGCCUUCUAUCGGUGGACGUGAUGUACUGAAGGCAUCCUCUUCGGUUUCCUUUUGAGUGUCGCUGUCAAAACCGAGGAAAAAUGAAGCCCAUGCUGUUCGUCGUGGCGGCCGUGGCUCUCUGGCCCGCGUGCACGGCGAUGAAGGUGCGGUACGCGUGUCCUGCCAUGGACGCGUGCGUUCCCUGGCGGAUGUGCCAAGAGGAAAACCGCUUUCUUCAGUCGCCUACUUCUACUGGCAUUAGGUACAUGUGCGGGAUGACUAUCGACAGCGAGGGCUAUAUCUGCUGCAACACAACCGAACUGUUGCCUGAGGCUUUCGAGCCGACCAUUGAGCGUUGGUACUAUGGCCAGACCGAAGACACAGACGAUGCCGUCUUCUCCAUCGUUCCCUGGCCUGGCUACGGCACAGUCCCUGUCACCCAAGACGCGGCGGUGGAACUCGGGCCAGAGCCCCCUGACGAGGAGCCGAAUCGCCUCUGCCCAGACAUGAGCUUCUGCGUCCCCGCCGUGCUGUGUCCGCACACGUUCAUCACUUACUCAAUGGUCGAGAUAGCGUUAUUAGGGCUGAAGAACGCGAGGUACGACUGUGGUAUCAUUGGCGAGACAGCGACCUUCGCCUGCUGUCAGUCGCAUGUCGUCAUCACAGCCCUGUUCGACUUCGUCAGGAAAUUCGAAGAGGAGUAUAAAGAUAAUUUCAUCGUGGCGAGCGGCGAGACCAGUUUUCUCCAGAUCGCCACUGAGGAUGAGGAGAGUAAAAAGCACAGUUUACUUAAUCUCUUCCGCUUCAGAUUAUCCUCGUACACACAUGGCGCGAGCGAGGAAGACGACGAGGAAUCUGUUCCCGCGAGCGACCAGUCCCAGGGUGAUUCUGAGAGCGACGAAGCCAGUGACGAAUCCGUCCUAACAGGCGACCAAUCUCAGGGUGGUUCCGGGAACAAUCAAGACAGCGGCGAAUCGGUUCCGGACCAAUCCCAGGCGGGUUCCCACAUUGUAAACCGCAAAAGACGCAGACGGCGAGACACUAGUAAAGAGAUUGUGGUGCCGCACGGUAACAGUCCUAGCGUGAUAAGACCCAAGUCUGGGAAUCCCAGCGCCAAGAAGUGUGGGACAAGCUCGGGUAUGUCAUUGUAUGCACGAUCAAGCAUGUAUUCCAGCGAAUCAACGCCUGGACAGUUUCCAUGGCAUGUGGCAGUUCUGUCUUCGAAAAGCGAGUACUUGUGUGGCGGCGUCCUGAUUGGUGAUCGAUGGGUGCUGACCGUUGCACAUUGCGUUGAUGAGGCCUAUGGCCAGAAUCUGAAGGUGAGAGUAGGCGACCACGAUCUUCUGGACUCUCUAAAGCUCUCAUACCAGGGAUAUGACGUCCAGGUUUGGAAAGUCAACAUCCAUCCACAUUACAUGAAGACUAACCUGAAAGCUGAUGUAGCCGUGUUGGAGUUGCAAGCCCCUGUACUUCAUCUCCAAAAUGUUAACCGGGUGUGCCUUCCUGGCGAGCUCAAGCACACAAGUGAACAUGACUGUGAAGUGUCUGCAUGGACUGCUGUGUUGCCCACACAGGAUGGUUACAAACCAACCACGGAUUUCAGCUCCAUCCUCCGUCAUUCCAAAUAUCAAACUUUGACAAGGGAAGAUUGCCAGUAUCGUCUGAGGUCUUCCCCGGCCCUGGGCAGUUUCUUCAGACUUCAGGAGGGUAUACUGUGUGCCAAGCCUAAGGAUUCCAAAAUGUGUUUGGGCGAUGGUGGGAGCGGUCUUGUUUGUAAAUCGCCUUCAGGCCAAUACAUCAUAAAAGGAUUGGUGUCAUGGGGUGUAGGGUGCAAGCCCAACCUGCCCACCGCUUUUGUUGAUGUAGAUUACUUCCUGCCAUUCAUUACCUCCGUAAUUGGAGAGAAGACAUCAGCAAGGCCUGCAAGACACCCACACAGUGUACCCCACAAACCCAAUGAAGCCUCGACGUCACAAUUUUUUGAGUAUUACAAACCACCCAAACAUCCCGCACAUCAAACUGGGCACGGUGGUCAUUUUGAAACUACUUAUUCCGAUCCUCGACCUAACACUUAUGUUCCUCCUAAAGGCAAUGGUAUCAACCACAUAGGCCAUGCCUCACUCUCUGGGUAUGACAGCCUGCCGCCCGGCUAUGCCUGCCGCCUGGCUAUGGUACGCCCCCCUCUGGGUAUGGCAGCCUGCCGCCCGGCUAUGGUACGCCCCCCUCUGGGUAUGGCAGCCCUCCGCCCGGCUAUGGUACGCCCCCCUCUGGGUAUGGCAGCCCUCCGCCCGGCUAUGGGACAGGACUCUGUUCACACCGGAUAUGGAUAUACUGCCCCGCACAGUGACUAUGGCGACCCUCCCAAGGGCCAUCACGCCCCGCACAGUGACUAUGGCGACCCUCCCAAGGGCCAUCACGCCCCGCACAGUGACUAUGGCGACCCUCCCAAGGGCCAUCACGCCCCGCACAGUGACUAUGGCGACCCUCCCAAGGGCCAUCACGCCCCGCACAGUGACUAUGGCGACCCUCCCAAGGGCCAUCACGCCCCGCACAGUGACUAUGGCGACCCUCCCAAGGGCCAUCACGCCCCGCACAGUGACUAUGGCGACCCUCCCAAGGGCCAUCACGCCCCGCACAGUGACUAUGGCGACCCUCCCAAGGGCCAUCACGCCCCGCACAGUGACUAUGGCGACCCUCCCAAGGGCCAUCACGCCCCGCACAGUGACUAUGGCGACCCUCCCAAGGGCCAUCACGCCCCGCACAGUGACUAUGGCGACCCUCCCAAGGGCCAUCACGCCCCGCACAGUGACUAUGGCGACCCUCCCAAGGGCCAUCACGCCCCGCACAUUGACUAUGGCGACCCUCCCAAGGGCCAUCACGCCCCGCACAACGACUAUGGCGACUAUGAAUACUAUGAAGAAUAUGAUAGCCAUAGUUAUGGUAGCACUUAUAGGGAAUAUGAGGAUACUUUUAACUAUGAGCCAUACGGAGACUAUGGUGAUCAGUCCCACGGUCAUGGCGACCGACAUUCCCAUAGUCCUGUUGUGGAUUACAUUAGGGGCAAACCAAAAUAG